AUGGCAUCGGACGCUUCCGCCUUUGCCGCGAUCGACCCCCCGCCCGCAACGCGCGCAGAGGCGACCCCUCCUGCUAUCAUCCCUUCAGAAGACGCUGCUAUCAGAUUGCUCAAACGGCCUCGUUCACCGUCACCUUCAUCGCCGCGCUCCCUCGUCGCACAGUCGCAGGGACUUUUGGGACUUGGAUCACCGGCCAAGUCUGCCCGUUUGGCACUCGCGUCGAGUAUUUCUCCGACGCCUUUGACCGCGGCAGCUGCCCUCGAGGACGAGCGCCGGCGACGCGAAGUUGACGAUCACGACGACGGGACACGGGCCCCAGCACCCACGAGCGACAAUCCUAGCCACCGAGUUCUAACUUCCCUCAUGUCUGGAGCGGUUCAGGCUAUGAGCCGUCCUGCUGACGCGCCUCAGCUAGCACCAACAGCUGCCAUGGACCCGUCUCCAAAGCCUAUAAACCCCGUGUCGCUGGCGCAAACCGCGACAAGUCAGGUCGAAGAGCAUGGCGCACCAAGUCCACAGAGCACCAACAGCCUCGUUGGGGUCCCCGUCACCGAAAGCCCGACUCCAAUGGAAGUGGACGCCCCUAAAAUUGAUCAGCAGCAGCAUCACCAGUCGUUACAGCAGGUAGUCGCGCAGGAAGAGAGGCAUCAGCCUGGAUCCCUAUCGUACCCCGGCUCUCUUCAAGCUACGGGUAACCUGACAGAAACCCCAACUCGAGGGAUGAGCUUCCCGAUGCCCACCCCAGGCCAGACAUCUCCCACAUCAUCUGGGUCAAAGAAGCAUAAAUGUCCUUACUGCAAUACUGAAUUUACACGCCACCACAACCUCAAGAGUCAUUUGUUGACGCAUAGCCAAGAGAAACCAUACGUAUGCACGGAAUGCCAGAUGCGUUUCCGCCGUCUGCACGACCUCAAGCGUCACGGUAAACUGCACACUGGUGAGAAGCCCCACGUUUGUCCCAAAUGUGACCGAAAAUUCGCUCGUGGCGAUGCGCUUGCUCGUCACUCUAAGGGCGCUGGUGGCUGUGCAGGGCGACGAUCCAGCAUGGGUAGUUUCGUUGAUGACAACGAUAUUGAGACCAGUCUCGGCGAAGCUGAUGAAUCGGCCAUGUCUGGACUUGCGUACGAUAACCCCGAGGAAGAUGAAUUGAGACGUCAAAGUUUACCAAGCAUCACCGCCCAGCACGUUACAGGAGCACAAGUGGAUGGCUACAACACCCAUGCUCGGACAUAUCCACCACCUGGUGCUCGACCUGGGACUGGGGGACUUUAUCCCCCCAAUGUUAACCAAAACCAGGCCAAUUCCAACUCUUCUCAGCCUGUCGCCAACAACAGUGCGGGGCACAAUUCUACCGCGGGAAUCGCGUCCGUUGCGGCCGCCAAUGCGAACAUGUAUUCUCAGACUGGUAUUACAGAGUCUCCAAAACCAUUGAGCCCUGGGGUGCAAGGACAUGACUCCAAUCACUUGGCGCGCCAGCGCUCUCCUAGCUUGACCCAGCAACUGCAGCAGGCGCAGUUCGGACGUCGAGCAUCGGAUUUACAGUCACCACAUAACUCGCAGCCCCGACCUAAGCUUCCCGGUUUGUCGCAUCCUGAGUUCGCGGCGCCGGGGUCAACCGGCUUCUCCCACACCCGGAGCGGCAGUGGCGCGCAGUCUAUCAACGACAGUGGAAACAUGUUUGCUCAGAGUGAUCCGAGUGUGUGGGCGUAUGUUCAGGCGCUAGAGGAGAAAGUCAAGGCGCUUACAGACAAGGUUUCGACUCUGGACCAUGUCGUUGCAGACUUGAAACAACAGAUGGAAACACGCGAUGCCGCUGCGGCGGCUGUCGCCAAAGUAUAA